UGCACACGCACUCCCUCCUCCCCCCUCCUUUCAUGUGUGUGAUGCUGGUCUCAAGGGUGUAGCUCAGACACUGCAGUAGAAGGCAGGGCUUGGCUGCUGCACUAUACAAUGCGCUGAAAGAUGGUGCACCAGGAGAAAUGUGUUUACCAGGCCCAGAGGAAUGAGAGAGAGUCCAUUAGGCAGAAGCUGGCCCUUGGCAGUUUCUAUGACGACGGACCGGUUACCUUUACUGGCUGCAGCAAGAGCAGCAAAAACUGCCUGUCCUCACGGCUUCAGAAUGGGGUGAAUCUACAGAUGUGCUUUGUGAAUGACAGCAGCAGUGACAGGGACAGUGAUGCAGAGGACAGCAGAACAGAGACCAGCUUGGACACCCCAUUGUCACCUAUGAGCAAACAGAGUGCCUCUCUGUCUGACCGGGAUACAGGAGAGGAAGAGCUGGACUCCGAGGAUUCAGAAUUCUGGCGGUUACAGCGGCGGUUGCAGGAGGAGGCCCGUGUGGCUCUGGCGUUGGCCCGGCCCAUGGCCCGCAUGCAGGUGGAGGUGGAGAGACAGAUUCAGCUACACCGCAGGUCCCCCGUGGCAGACCUGUUACCACAUCUGCCACACAUCAGUGAGAGUCUAAUGAAGAGGAAUCUGAGGCCUGUGGACCUGAGGGACAUGAGUCUCGGUCAGUUACAGGUCAUCACCAAUGACCUGCACUCUCAGAUACAAGGUCUGAAUGAAGAGCUGGUUCAGCUGUUGCUCAUGAGAGAUGAACUACACAUGGAACAGGAUGCCAUGCUGGUAGAUGUGGAGGAUCUAACCAGGCAUGCACAUAGCCAGCAGAGGCACAUGAUGGAGAAAUCUGUGACCAAGGGUAAAGCAGCUUGCCACGGUGGCUGUGAUUCUCCAUUUUGAGGCGAACAGCACAGGGUCCAACCUCUUGUGUUUCACUAUAUGACGAAGCAGUGUACUCACUAUAGAUCCUUUUGUUUUUCAACUAGAUGUGUGUGUUUUUGCCUAUGUUUCAAGCUUUGUGUGGAUGUAUGUUAAUUAUACAUGCUGUAAGUGUUCAUGCAUGCCCGCACCUUAGCUGAGGGUUACACACUCACUUUGUUGAUCCUUCAUAAUGCAUAAAUACAGAAAGAAUCAUCAAUCACUGACAGGCUGGAUCUUUUCCUGUACAAAAUAUCUGCUGGUUUCAUGAUACUGAAUGGGAAUGGACCUUAAUAGGAAACAACUCUUUAGAGUAGAAGGCUAGUUCACCCAAAAAUGAUGAUUGUGUUAUUAUUUACUCAUUCAAUCCAAACCUUUAUGAAGAUUUGCAAAGAAUCUUUCUGAACCGUUUUUGCCCAUACAGUGAAAGUCAAUGGGAUCCAAAACAACAUUAGACCCCAGCGACUUUCAUUUUCGAAAUAUUUUAUUUUCCACAGAGGAAAGAAAGUAAUCCGCGCAUUUGUUUUUAGGUGAACUAUCUAUCAGCUAGCAAACUGCUUCUCUGUGCAGAUUAUUGCUGGAUUCGCUUAUUAACCUUCUGCAGUAUCCCUCUUUGGGGAUGAAUACGUUUACUCCACUCUCUAAAGUUUUACUCUGAUGCAGUGUUUGCACUGGCUGAUGUGCUGUGUAUGGAGCUCUCCUACCUAAAAUAUAACCAAAAGUGAAUAUUAGGAUGAUGUUAUUUGCUUGAAGCUGCCUGGUGUGGUGGUAAUUCAUUCUUGUGUUCACAAUGAACUAUUAACGUCAGUCUUUUAAGAAUGUCUAUUUUACUUACUUUUUCAUCCAAAUGUGGCAUUUCCUGUUUCACAGAUGUAAGUGACACAACAUGGUCGAAAUGCUGUAUAUCUUUGUGCACAGAACUGUAAAAGGAAAUUAUGAACAAAUAAAUGACUUAAAUGGGCCAGUAUAUGAAAAGGAAUUAGAGUUGUGUUUUUCUUAAAGGGAUAGUUCACCCAAAAAUGAAAAUUACCCCAUGAUUUAC